AUGUCGCCACUUUACCACACCACUCGUCGGCUCCUCCCAGCGACGUUGGCUCGUAUCUUUCUGCGAGGGGUGGCUUCCGGAGCUUCUGGCCAACGCCGGCAGUGCCAUCCACGUCCUUGGGGUUCACUGUGGCCGCGAAGUGGGUUGCAUUGCCGCCGAUGCUCGAUGUGA